AUGGCGGGACGUGCAGACGGGUCGGGAGAGGAGGGAGGGGAUCCUAUCAUCUCGACAGGGAUGGAUGUCAGCCUUUACUUGGUCAGCUUCGUCGAUGAAGGGGAUCCGGCACUCACGUUCCGGGGAUUCGUGCUGGGUAACUUCUUCCUCUUGCUCAGUAGCGUCGUUGGUUAUAUUUAUUCGCUCAAGCCCGUGACCAUCCAGCUGUCUCAGGUGUUCAUCCAACUGGCCAUUUGGAUUCUGGGGAUGGGAUGGGCAAAGCUAUUGCCGACGACGCAGUGCAUUCGACGUAGCUCUCGUUUUGCCUUCCUCAAGCCUUUCAUUCGCUUCAUCAACCCCGGCCCUUUCGGCCUCAAGGAGCACGUAGUGGCCACGAUUAUCGGCACCUCGGGGCUGAAUGGAGCAGCAGGGGUCGAUACGCUGGCGACUAUGAAGCUCUUCUACGGGGCGCGGAUCACGCCCUUGAUGGCUGUGCUUGGCUUGUUCUCCGUGGGGAUCAUGGGCGUCGGGCUGGUCGGCCUGCUUCGCCCCCUCAUCAUCUACCCGUCGAGCGCAGUCUACUACUACACCUUACCCAUGGUCGCCAUCUUCGAAAUGCUCCACCACGAAGCCCGGGGUAAUCGCGUGCGGAACUUCUGCCUCUGCUUCUUCGGUACCUGCCUCUGGGAGCCCAUUGCGGCCUACAUUGCCCCUAUCCUCAAUGGGGUCAGCCUACCCUGUAUCGCCAGCAUACACUCCCCCAUGCGCAUUCGCAAGCAUGUUGCACGCAUCUUUGGUGGAGCGUCGGCGAACCAGGGGAUGGGCUACUUCAGCUUGAGCUUUGACCCGCAGUACGUUAGUCCGUCCAACUUCGCCGGCUUCCCCAUCAAAUGGCAAUCCAACUACUGGGGCGGCAUGUGGCUCGGAGGUCUCUUUAUCCUCCUCAUCUACUACACCGACUCCUUUUCCGCCAAGACCUUCCCCUUCCUCUCUGCCUCCCUCUUCACCUCUGAGGGGAAACCUUACCCUCAAGACGAGGUCUUCGGCCAAGGAAGCUGGGAGUUGAAUGAAGGGGCACUGGCAAAGUAUGGCACACCGAGAUUGACGGGUAGUGGAGUUUGGGCAUUUUUCUGUCAGCUUGCUGCGAUUGGAGCCUUGUUCACGCAUGUGGGACUGUUCAUGGGCAGGGAUAUGGUCGGGUUUGUGCGCGAGCAUCUUACGGGGCAGCAUCAUGAUCCGCACUAUGUGGCCAUGAAGGGCAAAUACAAGGAGGUUCCGCAGUGGUGGUACCUCGGCCUCUUCGGCCUAGCAAUCAUCGCCGCCUUCAUUACAGUCACGCAGGCGCACACUACCCUCCCCGCGUGGGGGCUGCUCGUCGCGCUCCUAGUCGGAAUAACCAUCACGCCUAUCAGCGCCAUGAUCUACUCGCAGUAUGGCUCCAGCGUGGCCACCAAUAUGUUCUCGAAGAUGAUCGCGGGAGCGGUGCACCCUGGCAGGCCUGUCGCGAAUCUGUGGUUCUCAAACUACUGCCAUCAGCUGGUCGCAAUUACCGUCGAUCUGGCCGACUACCAGAAGUUGGCCAUCUACCUGAAGGUCCCACACCGCGUAGCCAUGAUUUCGCAAUGCUACGCCACCAUCGCCGGUUCCUACCUGGGCUGGGCGAUCCUGUCCGUUCUGGUCCAGAAUAAGCGGGAGAUCCUCCUCGACCCAGUGGGGGAUAAUCAGUGGUCCGGCGGCCACCUCCAAGGAAUGAACGCGCAAGCCAUCGAGUGGUCUCUUGCCCGCCAAGUAUUCUCCGUGCACCCAGGCAAACCCGCUACGCACUACGAGAUCGUACCCCUCGGUAUCCUCAUCGGCGCAUCCGUCCCCGUGGUCCACUGGCUCCUCUUCAAGCACAUAGAGCUCAUCCGCAAAGCAGGGGAGAUGAUCACUACCCCGCUCGUUUUGAUGUAUUUGCAGGAUAUGACUAGUGGGAUUAACUCGACUGUUACCAGUUCGAUUAUACUGGGGUUUACAAUGCAAGUCUACCUGCGUGUCUACCGACCGCGCAUCUUUCGCGAGUGGUGCUACCUCCUCUCAGGAGCCAUAGACGGGGCAGCGCAGAUCGUCGUCGUCAUCCUCUCCUUUACCGUCUUUGGCGGUAGCGGGCAUAGUCACCCUUUCCCCACAUGGUUCGGCAAUCCAGACGGGCCCAGCGAUCAUUGCGUUACGACAAAGACGGCCUAGACGAGGUGGAGGAAGGGAGGAGUGGAGGUAUACCAUCCCGCACCUGAAUGGCAGGUGGGCGCGCUUUGAUUUCCUACAUUUUGUGCUGCGCUGCUGCGUUUCUCUCUCUAUGCUUUGCUUUGCUUCCCGUCGCGAAUCUCUUUUCCUUCAAAAAUCAGC